CUAAGAAGCCUCACAAGCUCGAUUCUGGCAGAAGGAUCAAAGCCCCAUCACAACCCCCCCCCCCCUCCCAUCGAUCACUGCUGUGUGCAGAGCUGCAGAAGAACCAACCGUCUGAGCCAAUCAGAUCUGGGAUCAGCUGAGACCCGGAGCCUCCUUCUGCUCCAACAGGUAGCUCUAUGGACCAAUCAGCAUGAGGAUGAAGCAUCUCCCCCUCUCCUGGCUCCGCCCCUUCCUCCAGACCCCGCCCCUCUCUCGUCUCCACCGCUGCUGUCUGUCGUCGCUGCAGACCAAUGGCAGCACCGACGCUCCCGCCCCUCAGCCUGUGAUUGGUCCGGAUUCAGUGGAGGUGUUAGGCCGCUCCUACCCCAGCGAUGACUUCACCAACGUGACGCAGAGGAUUCUGGGUAACGUGGGACGCAACCUCCACAACCAGCAGCACCACCCGCUGUGGCUGAUCAAGGAGCGGAUCAAAGCGCACUUCUACAGUGCCUACAUGGGUCGGGGGGGCAACCCUCUGUUCUCCGUCCAUGAUAACCUGAGCCCCGUGGUGAGCGUGGAGCAGAACUUCGACAGCUUGCUGAUCCCACCCAGCCACCCAAGCAGAAAAAAGGGAGACAACUACUACCUUGACAGGAGCACGAUGCUGCGCGCUCACACCUCCGCCCACCAGAGGGAGCUGGUGCUCUCGGGUCUGGAUGCCUUCCUGUUGGCCGGAGACGUCUACAGACGAGACGAGAUCGACGCCUCGCAUUACCCCGUCUUCCACCAGAUGGAGGGGGUUCGCCUCUACUCCAACCACGAGCUGUUCUCGGGGGUACAGCGGGGGCAGGACCUGUCCCUGUUCGAGGGGGGGGGCAGGAGGACCCCUCAGAAGCAGGAGGUGCACUCUCUGGAGGCGGUGAAGCUGCUGGAGCUGCAGCUGAAGACCACCCUGACCAGAGUCAUCACACACCUGUUCGGACCAGAUGUGCAGGUGCGCUGGGUGGACUGCUUCUUCCCCUUCACCCACCCCUCCUUUGAGAUGGAGGUGUACUUUCAGGGAGACUGGCUGGAGGUGCUGGGCUGUGGAGUCAUGGAGCAGGAGCUGCUGAGCUCAGCGGGCGCGGGGAGCAAGGUGGGCUGGGCGUUCGGUCUCGGCCUGGAGAGACUGGCCAUGGUCCUCUACAACAUCCCCGACAUCCGGCUGUUCUGGAGUCAGGACGACCGGUUCCUCCGACAGUUCAGGGUGUCGGACAUCCAGCAGCCAAUCUGCUUCCAGCCGCUCAGUAGGUACCCCCCCCUGCACAACGACAUCUCCUUCUGGCUGCCGGAGACCCCCAGCUUCCACCAGAACGACUUCUACGAGAUGGUACGCUCCAUCGGGGGGGAUCUGGUGGAGAGGGUCAGCCUACUGGACGAGUUCACACACCCCAAGAGUGGGAGGCGCAGUCACUGUUACCGGAUCAUCUACCGCCACAUGGAGCGAGUUCUGACCCAACAGGAAGUGACCCGACUCCACCAGCUGAUCCAACACAGCGCCGAGAGCGAACUGGGCGUGCAGGGCAGAUUCUGACACACACACACACACACACACACACACACACACACACACACACACACACACACACAGACACACACACAUCACGUCCUCGGUGCUGUGAUAUCUCAUAUUUCGCCGCAGGGGGAAAACGUGUCGGCUUUAAUACAGACGUCCCACACACACCCUUUGAUGCUAUGGACACACACACACACACACACACACACACACACACACACACCGUUUGAUGGUACACACACUGGGAAAAACUGAAAUAAUGAAAGAUUUUUUUCGAUUUUUUGGGGUACAUUUUGUCGCAUUUUUGACUUAAUUGAAUUCAACUUUAGUUUAAAUUAAAAGACUUAAAUAAAAUAUCUUUGAUUCAACAGAUAUUUUAAAAAUCCCAGAGUCUCAGAAGUUAUCAAAUGAAUUUUAUAAUGAAAUAUAGAUCAAGUCUGAGCUCCAGGGUGACGGGUUGGAUCUGAAAGCUCUUUUAAUCUUAAUGAUUCAUUCAUAUCGCCGAUCAGGAGUGAAUGUAGUCAAACUGAAGAGGAGGAAACACACACACACACACACACCUUCUUUAUUAUUCAGAGAGCUCUACCUGUUUCUACGUGUUUCUGCAGAUGUGAUCAUUAAAGGGUUUUCUAGA